AUGGCGCAAGAGGCGCCGCUGCGUGAGUUUCUGGUGCAAAAGUGCGACCGAGAGCAGCAGCGUCACUGGGACCUGUUUUAUAAGCGCAACACCACCAACUUUUUCAAGGACCGCAACUGGUUGCUGCGCGAGUUUCCUGAGCUGAUGCUGCAAGCUGUUCCUGAGGCCAAGGCAGAACAAGGUGAAAAAGCAACGGCCUCGCGGCCCGUGCUCUUUGAACUGGGUUGUGGCGUCGGCAACACCAUCUUCCCGCUGCGGCGUGAGAAUCCGAAUUUGUUUGUGCACGCAUGCGACCUCAGUCCUCGGGCUGUCGAGCACGUCAAGCAACAUGAGGAGUACGACCCGGCCAAUGUGCAUGCUUUUCACUGCAACUUGGCUACGGACAACGUGCUCGACCAUGUACCGGCUGGGAGCUGCCAUUUGAUCACAGCUUUUUUUGUUUUCUCGGCCUUGUCACUCGAACAAAUGGGCACAGUCAUUGAUAGUCUAGCAAAAAUCAUGGCUCCGGGGGGUAAGGUGUGCUUUCGUGACUACGCCAUUUUCGAUCAUGCCAUGAUCCGCUUCAAGAAGGGCCAUAAAUUGGGCGAUCGAUUCUACAUGCGCCAAGACGGCACUCGCACCUACUUUCUCCGCCAAGAUGAGGCUCGGCAACUAUUUGAAAGCCGUGGUUUCAAAUCGGAUCGUGUUGGCUACGUACGACGUGAUACUGUCAACGUCAAGGAGAGCAUCGAUGUUGCGCGGUGCUUUUUACAGGGUGUAUUUGUGUACUAA